CUCGGCAAGUCAGAUCCUAAUAUCCCCGCAAAUCCUCAGUUUUGACAAAAAGGUUGGUGUAGCAACAACGACGAAGUAACCUAAGAAGUGCCUCUCGGAACGAUUACUACAUCGGUCACAUGAAGCUUUCAGGCACUUUCAUUUCCUUCCUCUCCAAGCCUCCCAAAUGCCUUUCUUUUCAAAAACUCCCUCCUCUUCUAUGCCAUCAUCUCCCUCUGUUUCUUCCACAAAAGAUAACAGCAACAACUACAGUAACACUGCUGGUACUUCCUGGAUUAACCGUGGCCAAUCUUUUAUGCUCAAGAAGAUGGAACGGCAGAGGAAGCCUAGGCCUGUCAGCGAGCAGGACCUUGGCUGGAAUUUAACCGACCGACCAAAUUCGCCGUCUGGUGACCCUGAUUCUGCCAAAAAGUCACGGUCUCCUAGCGGGACGGAUCACUGGUCUUCGGUGGCCGUCCCGCAUCCAUUGCCAGUACCUGUAUCACUUUUGACUAGGAGACAGGAGCCGUUGGGUUCGAUUUUGGGCCAUGGUCAUCUCGGCUCACCCGAAGAAGGGCCGAACCAUGUGGUAAGGAGGAAAAACACCGAUCAAAUUGCUACAAAAUUUGCCAAACCUUCAAGCAAUUUUCGUCAGAGGUUUUCUCAGCACGCAAAUCUUGACAGCACCAGUCGUGACUUAAGACUGAAAAUUCAGGCCAGAAGUGCCCCGACAAGUGGUUUCUCAAGUCCUUCUGCCAGUCCACGACGAUCAAAUGCCACGGAUCUUUUUGCUUCUCAUGUUGCCACUGAAUUGACUAAAUCUCCAGGGAAUAGUAACAGGGUUCUGUCUCAUGAUCUAAAUAUCGAAGGUGCAAAUUACAAGUCCAGUUUGAUUUCUUCUCCUAGGAGUGCCCCAAUAAGUGGACUCCCAAGUCCUGCUACUGUUAGCCCACAAAGAUCAUACACUGGAGAUUUUUUACCUUCUUUCGUGGCUUCUCAAGAAUCGCAGGUUCGGUCAACUUUGAAGAUUCCUGACUUGGGUAGGCUUGCAAUCCAUUCUUCACAAGUGCCACCAGUUAAAACUGUGUUUAGUCCUGAUCAUUCUCCACUUCGCAGCCCAACGUUACAAAGUCCCUGUGUCGACCUUGAAAAUAAAUUUUAUUUUCGAUCACAUCAUAAAUUGCUUCAGGGAAGUUCUAAGGAGUGGCCUGAAAACAGUCGUGUAAGUGCUCAUCCGUUUCCUCUUUCCCGGUUUCCUCCUCCUCAUCCGUUGCCUCUUCCUCCUGGAGCUGCACCACCACAAUCCAUGCCAUCCCCACCUACUAUCAUCCAUAACACAUUAGAAAAACUAAAUGAACCAUUAAGAAAAAAUCAGUGGGUGAAAGGAAAACUUAUUGGAUCUGGUACAUAUGGAAGAGUUUAUAUGGGAACCAACAGAGUGACUGGAGCCUCAUGUGCAAUGAAGGAAGUUGAUAUCAUCCCCGAUGAUCCAAAAUCUGCUGAAUGUAUAAAGCAGUUGGAGCAGGAAAUCAGAGUUCUACGUGAUCUAAAGCAUCCAAAUAUAGUGCAAUAUUAUGGCUGUGAGAUCGUUGAUGAUCAAUUUUACAUAUAUUUGGAGUAUAUUAAUCCAGGAUCGAUCAAUAAGUAUGUUCGUGAACAUUGCGGACAUAUGACAGAAUCUAUAGUCCGCAAUUUCACUCGCCAUAUUCUCUCUGGAUUGGCUUAUUUGCACAGUAAAAAGACGGUCCACAGAGACAUUAAAGGUGCAAAUUUGCUUGUUGAUGCAUCAGGAGUUGUUAAGCUCACAGAUUUUGGGACGGCAAAACAUCUUACAGGACUAUCAUAUGAAUUGUCCUUGAAGGGCAGUCCACACUGGAUGGCUCCAGAGGUCAUUAAAGCUGUAAUGCUGAAAAGUGGCAAUCCUGAACUUGCUUUUGCUGUUGAUACAUGGAGUCUGGGUUGCACCAUCAUUGAGAUGUUUACUGGAAAACCUCCAUGGGGUGACCUUCAGGGGGCUCAAGCUAUGUUCAAGAUAUUGAAUAAAGAUCCACCUAUGCCCGAAACCUUGUCACCAGAGGGAAAAGAUUUCCUUCGUCGUUGCUUUCGAAGGAAUCCAGCAGAGCGUCCAUCAGCUAUGAUGCUACUUGAGCAUCCUUUCGUGUGCAAGGCAAGCGAUCUUAAUGUGUCAGCAAGCAGAGAAGCAAUACCUGCAGUGAACCUUGAGGAUAAUUCACAGAGUUUGAGAGACCGCACCGCAGAAAAUGAUGUGUCGCCAACCUCCCCAGGCAUGCGGAUGAGGAACCAUCGACUGCCAAGUAGCAGUGAGACCAGUCAGCAAAGCCAUGCUUACACAUUCAACUGUGCUGCAACUUCUCAUCACCCACCUUGUUCAACACUCGAAGCUCGCCCUUAUCUAACGGCAGCACAACUAGUUCAUGGUUCACAUAAUUUCAUCUCUUCUUCAAAUGUUUCUAGCAAUGUGCAUUUAAGGAGUCAUGGAAGGGAAAUUCCACAUAUCUGAAUCAUGUGUUGAUUGUCAUGAGGUAAGAAAGCAAGGUAGAAGCAAAGCUGCAAAGGUCCAAUGGAGAUUCUCAGAUUGCCAUUAGAACAUCUGGUGACUCACAUUUGAUUGGAGGUUCGAUAUAUUAUUUCUGAAAACCUCCUGCAAAUAUUUCCUCAUUCUUCGUUAGGUUUAGUGUUUAUAUAAAUAUAAAGGAUUUGUGAUUCAAAGGAUAAUUGAUGUAUAUAGAAAUAGUGUACAACAAUGUAACAGAAAAAAAGUUUAGAAGAAAUGCAUUGAUUAUUUGUAAGCAUGUUUGGUGAAAAUAACUACAUUUUUCAGACUAAUUGUAGAUUAUAAUCACAGGUAUCUUCUUUUUCCCA